AGCUAAGAGGCUUACCAGACCUGACCUGCACACUGCACUCGAACACGUCCUAGCCGUUUUAAAUAUUUAUAUUUAUUUACAUGUUUAAUCUCACUUGUAAGAUUCCUUUGUUUACAUGUACACGCCCGAAAAGAAGCCGCGCAGUGGCGCCGGAGCAACAAACAGCAACCCGAAGGUUACAAAUUUACUCUGCUGCCAACACUGGAGUGUCCCCCUACAAGAGAGAAAAAUAUGAAAGAGAAGCCCAGAGAUAUUGGGAUACAUUCUACAAGCAGCACCAAAAUAAAUUUUUCAAAGAUAGGCAUUACUUGGAAAAGGACUGGGGCAAAUAUUUUUCUGGAGAAGGAAGAAAAGUGAUUUUGGAGGUUGGGUGUGGAGCUGGGAAUACUAUUUUCCUCAUUGCUUCAUAUCCUGAUGCUUUUGUUUUUGCAUGUGAUUUCUCGGCCCAAGCUGUUGAUCUGGUUAAGUCGCAUAUAGACUACAAGGAGUCCUGUGCCAGUGCUUUCAUCUCUGAUCUGACAGCUGAUGACCUCAGCAAGGAGAUUUCUCCAUCAUCAGUUGAUAUUGUUACCAUGAUAUUUAUGUUGUCUGCAGUAUCCCCAGAGAAGAUGCCUCUAGUGUUGAAGAAUAUUAGAAAAGUUAUGAAGCCGAAUGGUUAUGUGCUGUUUCGAGAUUAUGCUGCUGGUGACCAUGCACAGGAGAAAUUUUCAGGCAAGGACCAAAAGAUUGGUGAUAACUUCUAUGUCAGGGAUGAUGGCACUGUGAGUCUUCAGUAAUUCCCAUGUUAUCAUGUAAUUUAGCGCACAUGUGUGCCUCUUCAUUAAUGUAACGCACCUUUUUGUAUCUUAUCCAGCGUGCUUACUAUUUUUCACCAGUUCUUGACAAAUUUGUUUAAAGAAAAUGGUUUUGAUGUUGAAGAAAUUGGUGUAUACUGCAAAAAAGUUGAGAAUCGCCCAAGGGAGCUGGUAAUGAACCGACGUUGGCUCCGAGCUGCAUUUCGCAUGUCAAAUGCCUCCAACCGUUUUUCCAGUAAAGAGGGCCUAACGGAGUCCAGCGGUCUUCAUUUUCCUUUAUAGGAAUACGUGCAUUCCUGAGUCUGCAUCGCCUUUUCCAUGCAACUAUGGAAGAGUUGAUCAGUACCAGUGGAAGCUGUAAAGAUAAAGAGGAACCUGCAUUAAUUAUUUGCCAUAUCCAUCCCAGGCCAAGUAGAUGAAAUGGAUCUCUACUUUCAGCUGCUGCAGAAUUUGGUUUGAAAUUUGCGAUUAAAUUGACUGGUAGUUUUCAGCUGUUCCUCGCACGGCUUUAAGUAUCUUGCUCUUCCCUCGUUUUCGAGCUGUCUUGUUAAAAAGAUCUCAACUCAUUUUUUAAUUUCUUGGCCUGGAAAAAGACGAGAGUUAUAAGUUUAUAUUUUGGCAAUUCAUUGUAUUGUUAUUUAGUUGGCCAAAAAAACAUGUAAUUCUCGUUCAUUUCAAUUUCUUCCUUCACCAAUCGGAGGGGACAUAGAUAUUGUUGUUGUAUUUGCGCCCUGCUGCAUUCGUAUAGUAAUGCUAAGGCCUGUGUUACUGUUCGGAAAUUAUGAUUAUUAAA